AUGGAGAACAACGACGGAGUGGCUUGCAAGGACAAGUACCACUUCGCUAUCGUCUACAACGCGUACACGAACGUCGCGUACGGCGAUUGUACUUUCCUUUCGGGCUGCUAUAACUGGGAUACGUGUCCGUAUAUUCACUAUACGAGAGUGCCAGCGAUCAAUCCCAAGACAUUUGCGGACAUGAUCAAGUUGCCCAAGCAAUUGGAGCAGGCCAUGACCUACAAGUACGGGAACGUCGAGGAGGCUGUCCGAGAGAUCGCCUCUGAGGUCAAGGAUGGCCGAGAGUAUCCCGCGCAGUGGAUCAAUACCGACAUCAUGAAGUUCAAUUUCAGAGUCAUCGGGAGGUACGAUGUCAUCAUGAUCGAUCCUCCGUGGAGCAUCCACAUGAAGCUGCCAUACCAACAGCUAUCAGACAACGACAUCGGGAAUCUUCCUAUCGGUCGGCUGCAAGAUUGCGGCAUUAUCUUCCUGUGGGUCACCGGUCGUGUCCACAACAAGGGCAUUCAGUUUCUUAAGGAUUGGGGAUACAAGUACGUCGACCAGAUCACCUGGGUCAAGGUUAACCAGAUCAAUGCCACAAUUGCGACGGGAAGGACCGGCCAUUGGUUGAACCACUGCAAGGAGACUUGCUUGGUCGGUAUCAAGGGAUCGCCCAAGGCGAACUUUAUGCUCGACAAAAACUCGAUCGUAGAGGAAGUCCGCGGAACCAGCCAGAAGCCGGAUGCGAUCUACGGCAUCAUCGAGCGGAUGAUGGGACCUGCCGCGAGGAAGCUCGAGUUGUUCGGAAGGGUCCACAAUCUCCGAGCUGGUUGGCUGACUAUCGGCAACCAGCUCCCCGGUGUCAACCUCGUGGAGCCGAUCCUCAAGCGUCGGUACCAGAGGUACCUC